AUGUACGGAAGUAGAAAUAUUGAAAAAGGCCAUUUUUAUAUUGAUGAUGAAACGAAAUCAAUUGAUAAUGGAAUUAUGAAACAAAAUGAUGAAACUUACGACGAAAUUUUUGAAGAAACCACGAAGUAUGAUUGGUAUUUUUUCUUAUGA